GAGCUAUCGGCUAUCACACGUCACCACCACUUGUAUCCACGGCAAAAGCAGAUUUUCAAAGCACAGUCGACAUCACCGCUACCGCUUUAAAACGGUCACUUGUUAAAGCCCAUGGCAUUUUAAUGGUGUUUGCCUGGACAUUGUUUUCAACACUAGGGGUAUUUGCCGCACGUUUCUAUAAAACAGCAUGGCCAGAAGAUGUAGAAUGGUUCGGUGUUAAACCUUGGUUCACGAUACAUAGGACGUGUAUGGUGUGCGUGUUAGUUCUUACACUGAUAUCUUUCAUCAUGAUUUUUGUUGACGUUGGCGGAUAUGUCACUAUAGUUGGAACAACCUUCAAGAAGUCACAUCCGGUGCUUGGAAUCAUAGUCAUGGCUCUUGUCAUUCUUAAUCCUGUCAUGGCUUUCUUCCGUCCUAAACCAGGGACAACAAAAAGAUUUAUUUUCCGAGUGGCUCACACCUUUGUGGGAGUAGCUGGGCAGAUCAUGGCGG